AUGGACCUUGUAGUUGAGGAAAAUGAAACUAGACCAACUGAAACUGAUAUGCUCGAAGCUCAGAAGGAGUAUUGGGAACCACCUGAAGGAGAUAAAAUCAAGAUAAAUUUUGAUGGUGCAGCGGGGGAAAAGGAUUUUGCGUGUGGUGCCGUUGUUAGGGAUAAAGAAGCUAAGGUGCAUGGGUGUCAAAACAAAACUAUUACUUACUAUAUAGCUGUUGAGGCAGAGGCGCCUAGUGCAUUGUUGGCCGUGGAGUUGGCGACUCGCAAAGAAUUCAGAGACACUGUGCUUGAAGGGGACUCGUUAACUGUCAUAAAUGCUCAGAAAUACAAGCACUACAAACCUAGUUGGAGGAUACAGAAUACUAUCAGUAGGAUCCGAGACGACCUGAUGCAGUUUAGAUCAGUGGAAUGCAGGUAUAUUAAAAAGAAAGCCAACAAUGUGGCACAUAAUCUUGCAGCUCUAGCUGCUUCUACCCACACUUCGAACGUGUGGCCUACUUCUCCUCCUUCGUGCAUUACUCAACUCAUUGAGAGUGAGCACCCCAUUGCUGCUUAG